UCCGGCCCGUUCCUUCCUCCUUGGAUGGAUGGGAUCCCGAACCCGAUCGCGGUGGUUACGGAAUAGAAUGGCGCCGUCUCCGCCGCAGCCUCUCCCGGACGAUCUCAUCCCGGGCAUCCUCCUCCGCCUGCCGCCGGACGACCCUGCGGGGCUCGUCCGGGCCUCCGCGGUCUGCAAGGCCUGGCGCCGCAUCAUCUCCGACCCCGCCUUCCACGGCCGCUACCGCGCGUUGCACCCAACGGCCCCCGUGCUCGGCUUCCUCCACCGCCCUAGGAACCCCAAGCUUCCCCGCUUCGUCUCCACCACGUCCUUCCGCCCGGCCGCCGCCGACCAUCGCCAGCACCCGCUCGACUGCCGCCACGGCCGCGCCAUCUUCUACGACUACGGCUCCCUCGGCGGCUACGUUGUCUGGGACCCGGCCACCGGCGAGCGGCACCAAGUCCGCGAUGAGCUCAGCGCCGACUACUUGCCACAGCCAGCUGUGUUCUGCGCUGCGGGCGAAGGCUGCGACCACCGCGGCUGCAGCGGGGGCCCUUUCAUUGUCGCCUUUGCUGGCUUGGGGACCCUGGAUCUUGGUUACCAUGACCAUGUCGUGGAGGCGGAGGGCUGGGAUUAGCCUACAUGUGCCCUAAAACUAGUACCAUGCUCUACCUGUUGGCAAGGGAGGCAGAAGGCACCGUCGUCGGAGAUGAUGGCCGAUGGGUGCAGCGCAGGGUCAUCGAUCUCAAAACGCUGCUCCCGGAUGGGAACCUUAAGAGGCAGCCAUGUUUGAGUGGCGUUGCCCAAGACGCCAAUGUCAUUUUUGUAAGCACAGAAGAUGGCGUCUUCAGCAUCAAUCACGGCGGGUCGUCAUCAUUGCAGGCGAGGAAGGUGUGCAAGAUGGGUGUAGUCAACAACUGGAUGUAUCCCUUCGUGAGCUUCUACACUGAGUCAUUGCUGCUGAAGCUAGCCAGUGGAAGAUUGCCAGCACCAGUCGGGAACCAGUGAUCCCCGUAUGGCCUGGCAAAUAAAUGGAAAUAUAGCGCAAAUCGAUCAUCUCUCUGUACUGAUGCUGUUCUGUUUCUUCUGGGGAAAUAAAGUUCAGUGAGAGUAGCUUGUUUAAUUCAUUCACCUUUUCGGAUCGCCUUAUUCCUAUCGAUUGUAAUCAUGGAUCAAACACUUGAGUUCCACUUAAAGAUUUCAUCAUAUUUCAAGAAA